AUGAAGUAUAAAACACUACAUUCGUUUUUCAAUGACAACAAGAAACGCCAAAGGGUUGUUGAGGAGAGUUCAACUUCUCCUAUUUUAGAAACUUCAAUGCUUGAUAUGGAUAAUAAUGUUGCUUCUGAAAUGAUCACUCCGGUGACUCCACCAACAAAUAUUAUUGAGCAGUCUUCUCAAAAAGAGGUACAAAAGCUUGAUCCCAAUUUUAAUAAUUUUCAUAUAGAACGAGAUCUCGGAUUGCGUAUGUCUAUAUGGAGUUAUUCAGUAGAUAAAAGAGAUGAGAUUAGGCGUGCUUAUUUAACUAUGGGUCCUUAUCAAGGAAUUCCAGAAAAAUCCUCAGAGUAUAUGGAUAAAAACCGUAGAAAGUUUGUACCAGCGUGGUAUAAGAAAUUCCCUGAUUGGUUGGAAUAUUCACCUAUAAAAAAUGCUGCUUAUUGUCUUCAUCGUUUUCUUUUUGUCAAGCCAUCUGCACAUCCAUGGGCUAAUGCGUUUAAUGUGGACGGAUUUCAAAAUUGGAAAAAAGUAAGCAAUGGUGAUAAAUGUUCUUUUUUGAUUCAUGAAAGAAAAUGCCCGAAUUCUUCGCAUAAGAAAGCUGUAAAACAGUCUCUUGAUUUGAUGAAUUCAUUGCAACAUAUUGAAAGGGUCAUAGACAAGCAAUCCUCUGAGAUGGUUGAGAAAAAUCGUUUGAGACUUAAAGUUUCUAUUGAUGUUGCAAAAUUGUGUGCGUUUCAAGGCAUAGCUUUUAGAGCUCGUGAUGAAUGUCCAGAUUCAAGUAAUCGAGGGAAUUUCUUAGAGAUUAUAAAUCAUACAGCUUCUUACAGUGAUGAGGUGAAGUCGGUUGUCUUGGGAAAUGCUCCUCAAAAUGCUUCUUAUACUUCCCAUCAAAUCCAAAAGGAGAUUUUAUUCAUUUAUGCUAGCAAGAUUCAUAAAUUUAUCAGAGAAAAAAUUGGUGAUGCCAAGUAUUGUAUUAUUGUGGAUGAAUCACGAGAUGAGUCAAAAAGAGAGCAAAUGGCUAUUGUUUUGAGAUUUGUGGAUAAAGAUGGCUAUAUUCGUGAGCGAUUUUUUGACAUAGUACAUGUGGAGGAUACUAAGUCUGCUACUUUGAAAUAUGAGAUUUCUGCUGUUCUUUCUCGCAAUAAUCUUAUCAUAUCGAACAUGCGGGGACAAGGUUAUGAUGGUGCUAGCACUAUGCGAGUUGGUUUUAGUUGCAGUAGCUAA